AUGCAUGCCGUCACUAUCGCUGCGUGGGUUCGCGAACUCGAAUCUCCUGCGCACUCUCGUCUGUCUCCUCCUCCUCUACCCACCCGUAAGCGCGCGCGACCUAACUCUCGCGAGAGCCCGCACCUGCGCAAGACUCGCCGUCUCGUGCUGGCCGAGAUGGCCGCCAACGACUACCGCAAAUCCGUAUCGUCAUCGCACAAAAAUAAACAUUCAGGCACGUUCAAGACCACGGAGAAGAAGCGCAUACGCACACCCUCGCCCCAAAAGCGCCAAUUCCCCGCCGACGCGUACUCGCCGGACGAAGACUCCCUCGACGAGCUUGACGGGCCCACACCUCGGCCACGCAACCAGCACCACACACAUCCUAUCCCCAAGCUCUCGUACAGCGAGAGUCUUGCCGCCAUUGCAGUUGGGUUCGACGGCAACGACGACACACUCCAGGCCCGGUCGCCUUUGCGAUCGCAGUCGCAGUCGGCAUCCUCUGCCCGCUCGGCAAGCCCUAAAAAGGUCACUUCAUUGUGGGACGUUGGAAAUGGCGUCAUAUACACAAACCUGGCGAACACGGCGGCUUCCCGGCGCCUGCAACUCGGGACUGUAGGGCUUGCGCUCUUGGAGGCACUGGAAGACGUGUGCGACGGCCCUGUGUUCGCUGCGAGGUUGAAAGCACAACUAGCAGAGGCGGGUAUUGAGAGGAUUAGACCCCACAUGUUGGACCAAUCAGAUAACCGGCCAAUGGAGGAGCUGCUAUGCGAACUACGCACCGUGCAGACCAUCAAUGCGCUGUCGCAUCGCUGUGCGGAGAAUCGGGACCACGAGAGCGAGUGGAACAAUCGCGUGCACACCAAGGUCUUAGAGCUCGCGCUAGGGAAUAAUGAAGUGAGUGUUGGGUUCCGGAGUGUAACUGCUGCAAGAAUCACGUCUGAAUUCCGGCCCACGCAUUCCCCCAGCCUCACCACCGGCAAGAUCGUCGACUAUGCAAUGUUCCUCGAGCUUUCGGGUCCUGCUCGCGAUGCUAUCUUAUCUCUCAUCGGCAUGUCGUCCGAGUCCAUCAACCACGCUACCUAUGAGGGUCUACGGAUCCGACCUAUAGCCGUAUCAAUCGAGACCAAAACCGAGAGUCGGACUGUAGAGGAAGCGAAGGUGCAGCUGGGCGUGUGGGUCGCGGCGCAGGUGGCCCGGAUUGAGGCGCUGAUCCAGCAGGUCGCUGUGCUAAAGGCGAACAAACAUGGAGCCGAGAGGGAAGCUAGAUCGGAAACCAGCAGACGGGGACGACAGAAAAGUCGAGGAAAAGGCGGCAAAAUUUCGCAGUCGCAACCAACCCCGACUCCCACCAUCGACGCUGUCAGCCCGGAUCCUACGGACCUUCUCUCACAAAUUGUGUUUCCCCUUCUCGAUGUCCAGUCUGAAUCGUGGUCGCUCUUCUUCGGGCGGGUCUCUAUUUCUCCCGACACGUCGAGUUUACACAUCCGGAAACCCGCCUCGCACAUCCAGAUCUUCCAUUCUAUUGCCUUAGGCAACACGGCGAAUACGGCGCAGACGUAUCGGCUAGUAAAGAGCUUGAAGGUGCUGAGGGCGUGGAUUGAUGGAGAUUUCCGGAAGUGGUGGGAUAGGCUUUUAGGGGUUAAUGGGGUGGAGUUUAAGGAAAGAUCAAAUUGAUACCACCCCCGGGUUUUGUGGGUUCUAUCGACAACUAAGUAUAUAAAUAAGGGGGUUGAUAAUCUCACACCCCCUAAUCCCUCCACGCACACCCCCUAAUUCCUCCACGCACACCCCCUCCCCUCUUGGCGCUUCACCACCUUCUAAUUGGCUCAGAGCAGUGCGGAGGAAGCCCCGGGCAUUUACUUUUACGUCUCUCUACGCGUGAUGCUAUACGCAAGGCCGUACAUAAUGCUAUACGCGAGGCCGUACGUAAUGCUAUACACGAGCUCACGUACAGCUAUAUAGCUAUGCCGAUUCGUAUAGCCUCACAUAUAGCCUCAGGUACGAGCUCAAGUACAAGCUCACGUAGUCUAAGUCUAAGUAUAAGUAUAGAAUAGAAUUCUAUUCUAGAAGUGCCUACGUGCCUACAAGUAUGCCAAAUCCGUCAAAC